ACGAGGGGGAAUAUUUUAGCAAACAAGUGUGGAAGAAAUGCGUGGAUACGGAGUAUAGAUUAUAUAUAUUUUUUAAUCAAGCUAGUUUUAAUACACUUGUUUUUAUAUUUAACGCAUUCCUCACUAUACUCGCAAUGGUUUUUAUUUAUAUCAUCCGAAAGACAUGAUAGGCUAGUUUUAAGGAGCUAGUUUUUUGGUGUCAUUCUCGCCUCUAUCAUGAUCGCUUAUGUAGAACAGAAUGUUGUUCCUUUAGCUGAUGUCAUCUUCUAUCAGGGUUCAGAAAUGACAAUACACUGCCUGUGUUCCCGGGCUUACGUCAAUGAUCGAGAAUUGUAUCGGUCAGAUCUUAAAGCCAUUCUGAGUCAGGCUGGUGAUGAAUUGCAAGAUGUUGAAGCUGAUGAUGAGGACGAGCUUCUGGAGGAUCACAUUGGGUCUGAAGAUGAUGACGAAGAGGAGUUGGAGGAGGCAGAAGUGGACGAAGAGACCAUGCUCAUGGCCACUAUGGGACUUCCUGUUGAGUUUGGCAGCUCAUCACAAAAGAAGAAUGCUGGCCACGUUUUAGCAACACAAAAGAACCGAAGAGGCACAGAGCAUUUGAAAACCCUCACAGAUUAUUCCGACACACAUGAGGAGGAGUCUGAGCAGGGACAACAGUGUUCUCUGAGUAGUGUUACUGAGCCCUCCACUGAACAGACGGCUUCAGAAGAACCCUGGUUGAGAUACUGGCAGCAGCAGGCUGAGAGUCUUCUGUGGCAGAGCUGGCUGGAGAAACAUCCAGAGGCCUCCAGCAGUACAACACAUGACCACUCAGAAACAGACUGGCAUGAACACUGUAACCAAACAUAUCUGUACUACUGGGAACAGUUUCACUACUGGGCUGCUCAGGGCUGGACUGUGGAUGAGUUCUACAGCACUGCUGCUGUUUCGGAGGACGGUCAGGCCAGCCGAGAAGAAACGGAGGGAAUAAAGAAUCAGACGGAUUCAACACAAACAAAUGGGGGUGGAGAACAAAAUGCUGCCUGUGUCACACACCUUAUAAGCAGCUUGAGUCUGACUGAGGAUGUUGACUGUGCUGAAGAUGGUCUGCAGUGUUUGGCCAGUGACUGUACUGAUGAGCCCUCUGAUGGUGGAAACCGCAAAAGAUCGUCCUCGCGUACGGCGUGCACUGACACGGCUGCUGGCAACACGCAGCAGUCCUCGGCUCAGUUGAAUAAUAGGAGCGGACAGCCUGUAAAGAGCAGAUCUAAUGAUAACGAUCAGAGAGAUGAUGAUGAUGAACCUCCUGAGAGCAGGCGGGCUAAAGUAAAAAGAGGUCAUGAACUAGAUGCCGAAGAGUUGCCGGUUCAGGAGGCGUGGGAUGCUCUUGGACUGAAACGAGGCUCGCAGCCCAAGUUUGACAGUGUUGUGAAGCUGAAACCAGGCCAAGGUCCGAAAAAAAAACAAGCGGUCUGCAAUAUCAACAAGCAUGUCUUUUUUACUGAUGAUGGGCCACAAACCACAAAACCAAACGUCAGCAAAACCCUCCAGAAAGUUCAGAACUUCCUUCUCCAAGCUCAGACUGAUUCUAAAUCCGAAGAGUUAACUUCAACUUCCAUGCCUGAAGCUUUGAACGAGUCAUGUAAGAGAACAGAUGAUGUUGGUUGUUCUGCACAAAAUACUGAGAUGGAUGAGGUAGAGAGUGAGAACGCUUCUCAGCUCAGCAGGACAUGUGUAGAAAAUGAGGGACAGCAGAAGAAAAUGGAGCCAGAACUGACACCAGAAGCAGAAGAAGGUGAAGCGAACGGCCCAGAUCCCAGAGGAGAACUACAGCCAUUGGAUUUACCUGACUUCCUGCUCCCUGAUGCUCCCGAGGAUGCUCAAGGAGCAGAGAAGGUGCAGGCUUUAAAAAAGAAAAAGAGAAAGAACAGGAAAAGACGAAAAGAUGUCGCAAUGCCUCCAGAGAUUGCUGCAGAACCAGAGCUGGCCAAAUACUGGGCCCAGCGGUACCGCCUGUUUUCAAGGUUCGAUGAAGGAAUCAAACUUGACCACGAGGGCUGGUUCUCAGUGACCCCCGAGAAGAUCGCAGAGCACAUCGCUCUGAGGGUUCAGGAUAGCUUCAGCGCUGAGCUCAUUAUUGAUGCUUUCUGUGGCGUGGGUGGAAAUGCCAUUCAGUUCGCCCUCACUGGAAAAAGAGUUAUUGCUAUCGACAUUGAUCCGGUACGCCUGGCUUUGGCACAGCACAAUGCGGAGGUCUACGGUGUGGGGAACCAAAUAGAGUUCCUGCAGGGAGACUUCCUCCAGCUGGCUCCAAGCUUGAAGGGAGAUGUAGUUUUCCUCAGCCCUCCCUGGGGAGGACCGGAAUACCUCAGUGCUGAUGUCUUCAACAUCAAGACCAUGAUGAAUCCAGAUGGAUUUGAAAUUUUCAGAUUAUCAAAAAUGAUUUCCGACAAUAUUGUCUAUUUUCUCCCACGGAAUGCAGACAUGGAACAGAUCGCAUCUCUCGCUGGUCCAGGUGGGAAGGUGGAAGUUGAGCAGAACUUUCUGAACAACAAACUGAAAACGAUUACUGCAUACUUUGGCAAUUUAAUUAAGACAAAGACCUAAACUACGUCAUUUCAUUUUUUCCCCAUUCUUUUAAUGUUAUUAAGAAUCACUUCUGCAAUUUGUUCUUUGUUUACUGUUUUGUUUGGCCGGCGACUAUGAAUUUUACGGACUAUUUUUGUACAUGUGAUGCUGCUAGUGUGAUGUUUAUUUUAAAACAGUUGGUUUUUUCUGUAUUGAUAUUUUUUUAUUAAAAUUUGCCAUAAGUUA